CCCCCGGUGAUCUCCACCAAUCUCCAGAUCCUCCAUCCAGCGACCUCGACCUCGACCUCGACAUGGCGGAGCAAGGCAUUCUCCGGCGGUGGAAGCGCUUCUUCCCGGCGUUCGCCUCCAUCCACGCCGCCAUCGAGGCCGCCGAGCCGGGCAUCUCCCGCAAGGAGUUCCGCGACGCGACAGACAAGGUGGUGGCGAUGCUCUGCAGCGCGACGGACGACGAGGCGGUGGCGGAGGAGCUCCGCGUCGUGCUCGACGAGAUGAUGGUCGAGGCGCUCCUGACGCUGGAGCUGGUGCCGGCGAUGCCCAAGAUGCUGGCCUCCACCGACCUCGCGCAGGACGUCGGCGCGCUGAGGAACCACCCGUCGGAGCGAGUCCGCGGCCUCGCCACCGGCAUCGUCCGCGCGUGGAGGGCCUCCGUCAAGGACGAGCUCCUCAAGGCCGCAGCCGCCAUGGAGAAGCUCUCCCAGGCGCUGGAGCCCGACGAGGCCGACGACCAUCACGCCAAGAUCCUGCAGCCAUCGCCGCCCAAGAAGACGGCAAACUCCUCACAGCCGUCGUUCCCCAAGAAGCAGAGUGCUCCGGUCGCCGGCGGCAGUCAUGUCACGAUGGCCAAGAUGGAGCCGCCGCGGGAGAAGCUGCCGGCCGCCGUCGGAAGCUUCCGCCGCGAGAGUGCCGCGUCGUGCGGUACCGACGAGAAGGCCAUGAACGCUGCGAAGCGCAAGCUCCGCGAAGGUUAUCAAGAAGCAGAGGACGCGAAGCGGCAGCGCACAAUCAAGGUGAUCGAGGCGCCGAAGCAGCAGCAGCGGAAGAGGCACCCGAUCGUGCAGGAGCGGAACCGAUCUAGAGUUGCCUCGCACACGUCGUCGUUGCGUCGUAGAUUCUAGAGUUGUUUCUUGCUCUCAGAUCUGAUGAUCAUGCCCAUCUCUCUGUAAAUUGAUGUGCGUAAUGAACUGAUUCUUUUGAGUUAAUCCUGCUCGACGUGGAUUACUCGUGUACUUAUGUAAACAACAAUCAAUUUGAUGUUUGUUUCAAUGAAAUCAACGAGUUAUUCUUGUCUCCC